UUUAAAUUAGCAUAGGUAUUGUAAUAUUUAAUAUAAUUAUCAAAACCUAUUAGUUACCUAUAUGUUACUAAAUGUCUGGAAGAACACGGCAUUUAACGUUUCGAAAGUAAUCCAAAUCAUACUCAGGGCUCAGGUACGCAUUAUCCAUACCGAUUUUCACACAAUCAAUUUAACACGCAGCCAUUCGUUUCAACAGUAAAUAAUAUGUUACAAAAAGUUAUUACGAGCUGAAAAGCAUCGAUAUAUUUUUCAGAACUGACCCCACCUCUAGCGCUUUUCUGUCAUCGGCCGCCAUCUUAGAUAGUUUAUUUGAAAUCCGAACGCCACCGGUGGCGCGCGUCACGAAAACGCGGGAAAAUCGCGAGUGCACACACAAGGAUGUUUUAAAAAGUGUAGUGCAGUGAUAUGGUGUAAAUAGAAAACCAUGGAAAAUGGGCGCGACAUCGAACCAGAGUUCACUGUCAAGAAACUCACCAGCCUAUUGGAGCGGGCGCCGCGGCUCGGGAGGGAUACAAAAGGGCUCGGGAAAGAGACAAAAGAUCGCGUCACGUACGAGAGCGAGAGGCUGACGAGCCACAGUGAGGCGUCGUCGAGAAGGAACAGCGACGAUGGGGGGAGGGCGAGGAAGGAGGGAUUUAGGGGAGAUGGCACCGCCUCAGAACCACCCACAGCCAACGUGACCAGCCUUAACGCAUGGAACGACCUAGCCAGUUCCACUUCCACCACUAGGACGGAACUCAGUUCCGAUGGUACGGUGGAAGACCAGUCCAACCUCGUGCAUCCAGGUUCAGCUCUCCCAGGCACUCCCAUGCAUAUCAAGGAGCCAUGGAAGUCAGCAGACAACCUGGCUCCUGACGCUGCCUUCGGCACUUCACUGGCGGACAUCAUGGAAAGCCCUGCUAAUAAGAUCCCCUUACGUGAAGACAUAAAAUCCAUAUCAUCUGAGAGCUCAGAAGACCGCCGACCGAGGUUAGGCUGGCGUCUCGUUCGCAACGUGACCACGGCGGCGGGCGCCUUCAGUCCCAAAGGGACACCCACAGCACUGCCUGGAACGCCGUUACCUGUACCGUCCAAACCUGAAAGCAAAAACACUGACUACUCAAAAGACAAUAGAAAGUCAUCACUGCCGUUCUAUCCAAAUGAGAAGGAUGAAAUCAUCGGAGAGACCAGUCCUGACGGCUUGGACCCCGAGUCCCUUAUGUUCCGAGACGGGCGCCGACGGAUCGACAUGGUGUUGGCGUAUGAAGAGGAGGACUUUGGGGUCAUGACGGAAGCUGAGGCCAGGAAGAGGGACUGUCGGAGGAUUUUUCAGGAAAACCUCGUAAAAGAAGGGCUGGAGCUGGAACUAGAAAACAAAUGUCUGUCGUUCGACGGGAAGACCUGGUUCAUCAAGAUCCACAUACCCUGGAAGACUGAGAUGAGACUAGCCGAAGUUAUUGGCAUGAAGCUGCCUACCAAGAGGUUUAUCACCAUUUCUGUGAGAGCGUGGAGCGAUGAAAAACAAGCCGAACGCGACAAGAAGUGGCAUUCAAAAUGGCGACGGCGAUGGAAACAGAUCUACGAAUAUGAACAUUCCAGAAUUGAGUGUGAACCUUCGUUCUACGCUGCUACGGAGCAAAAGGGAGUUAAACGGGAGGAACAGUUCCUGGUGAAAGAUAGGCAUACGCAAUUUUCUCCUGCACAGCGUAGCUUGCUGGUCAUGCAGAUACUUCUCAGAGCCAAAUAUGACAACAAUGACACAAAGAUGGGCAUCCGUCGCCUACUCAAUGACGGAACGUAUAUGGCGUGCUUUCCCCUGCACGAGGGCCGUUACGAUAUUGACAUGGCUGAUGGGAGCCACACGGACCGACGGCUCUUAUACCUGGAAUGGUCGCGCCCCUGCAAAUGGUACAAGAAGCAGCCGCUUUGGCUAAUACGACGAUACUUUGGAGACAAGAUAGGCCUGUACUUCUGCUGGCUCGGGUUUUACACGAAGAUGCUAUACGCCCCAGCAGCUGUUGGAACCCUAUGUUUCCUUUAUGGAUUAGCCAGCAUGGGAUCAGAAGAUAACAUUCCAAGUAAAGAAAUCUGCGACCUGUCCGGCCCCGGCAACACGACCCUUUGCCCGUUGUGCGACAAGGCAUGCCAGUACCAGAGGCUGUCCGACUCUUGUCUAUUCGCCAAACUAUCAUACCUGUUCGACAAUCCAGCAACGGUGUUCUUUGCAAUAUUUAUGUCCUUUUGGGCAACAACCUUCCUGGAGCUAUGGAAGAGAAAACAGUCAGUUCUGCGGUGGGAAUGGGACUUAGGUGGUGUUGACCAGGAUGAAGACCCCAGACCAGAAUUCGAAGCAUCAGUAAAGACAUUCCGGACAAAUCCUGUCACAAGAGAGAAGGAGCCUUACCUACCAAGCUGGCAGAAGACCAUGAGAUACGUGGCCACCAGUUCAGCUGUUCUUUUCAUGAUAACAAUCGUCCUGGGCGCCGUGCUCGGCACAAUAAUCUACCGAAUCUCGAUGGUGUCGGUCAUAUACGGAGGCUCCGGGUUCUUCCUCAAGAAACACGCGAAGAUCUUCACCUCAAUGACCGCUGCCGUCAUUAACUUGAUCAUCAUCAUGAUACUCACUAGGAUAUACGCUAAAGUAGCGGUUUUCCUCACCAACAUGGAGAACCCACGAACACAGACUGAAUACGAAGACUCUUAUACCUUCAAGAUAUUCUUCUUUGAAUUCAUGAACUUCUAUUCUUCGCUCAUCUACAUUGCCUUCUUUAAGGGCCGCUUCUACGACUACCCCGGCGACGACCAAGCCCGCAAAUCCGAGUUCUUCAAACUUAAGGGCGACAUCUGCGACCCUGCCGGCUGCCUGUCUGAGUUAUGUAUACAACUCGCCAUCAUCAUGAUCGGCAAGCAGUGCGUCAACAACUUCGUCGAACUUGGGAACCCAAAAAUUCACAACUGGUGGCGCCAACGGACUCAUCGCGCCAUCACCCGAGACCCGACUAAGCCCCACAUGGCUUGGGAGCAGGACUACCAUCUUCAAGACCCUGGAAGGCUGGCACUUUUUGAUGAAUAUUUGGAGAUGAUUCUUCAAUACGGCUUUGUAACUUUGUUCGUGGCUGCGUUCCCACUGGCACCUUUGUUCGCGUUGCUCAACAACAUUGCCGAGAUCAGACUGGACGCCUACAAGAUGGUCACACAGGCGCGUCGGCCGUUGGCAGAGAGGGUGGAAGACAUUGGAGCUUGGUAUGGCAUUUUACGAGGGAUAACUUACGCAGCAGUAGUUUCUAAUGCAUUUGUUAUAGCGUACACGAGCGACUUCAUCCCCCGUAUGGUGUACAAAUACGUGUAUUCACCAGACAAUACUCUAGCUGGGUACAUCGAUCACUCCUUGUCGCUGUUCAACACAUCAGACUACCGGGAAGAGUGGGGGGCAGACGAGAACGAGGUAGACCCCCCUACCUGCGCCUACCGCGGCUACCGGAAUCCUCCAGAUCACUACGAUCCCUAUGGACUCUCUCCACACUAUUGGCAUGUUUUCGCCGCUCGACUGGCGUUCGUUGUGGUAUUUGAGCACGUAGUCUUCGGCCUCACCGGCCUCAUGCAGCUCUUCAUACCCGACGUACCCACAGAGCUCCGUACCCAGAUGCAGCGGGAAGCCCUACUGGCCAAGGAGGCCAAGUAUGAACACGGGCGGCGACGGCUCUCUACUGAAUACAGACAGUUGAUAACGCAGAAGAGCGACAGCGGGGCUGCUACAGAGCGCGCGCCAUGGAUGCGUCGUGCCUCCCGCGCUUCUGAUAGCCUGGAUGCUCACGUGGCCAUCGCGCAGCGCCCCUCGUCACCACACUGACGUCACACCAAUAGACUGUUCAACCUCCAACUUUUUAAGUCAGAAAAGACAAAUUAGAACGUAAACAUGAGUACCAUAUAGUAGGUAAGAUCAAUGUGGGGAAAGACCGACAUACAAAUGUUGGAACCGUUACCUAGGGCUACGUACGUUGCUCAGACACAGACGGAAAGGCAGUGCUUCAAAUGCGGGGGUGAGAAGCGAGGUAGACGUAUAAACGCGCGAAGACGGUGUUACCUGAUAGAUCACUUUCUCCAUAUUGGCCUUAUGUUUAUAUUUUUUUUUAUUAAACGAAUGUUAUAUUGUCGUAGUAACUAGUAUAAUUGUACUCACGGUAUAAGUGUAAUGUGUGGACCAAUGUUUUGUAUUUUUAGAUAGUCGGGUAAUUUUAAUGAAAACUUUUAAAUUGAUUACGCAAUAAGUCAAAGUGAAUUUCUUUAAUACGUUUAAAUAAAAGUUGUUACUAUUACCUACUCAUGUUCAUUUUUUAUGAUUUUCUCAUUGCUAGUAUAUUUCAUCAAAAUGUUUAGUGUGGGAAGUGUUUUAUUCUUAAUUGAUAUAACUAAUAUUUUUCGUUAAACAAUAUUGCUAUUAUAUAAAUUUUAAAAUAAUCAUAUAUGAUCUCAACAGCACUUUAGAAUCAUAUAUGAUUCAAAUAUUACAAAUGUAACUAAUUUACUACGAAAAUAUACGAAGCACACGUAUCUGUUAACUAUUUACGUAAGUUAUAGAAAAAAUCAAUU